UGCUAUCAGCUGAUCCGGCGCAGUCCGCCAUGGUAUCGCGCGGUGAGCGCAUGCGCGCAGCGAACGCCCACGGUCCUAACAACGGACGUCGGCGCGCUUCUAAUACCAAUUGACAUUUACUUAUUUCUAUAUAGACAUGCCACUGUAGAUAAAAUGCCGUGGAAGUACGUGCGUGCGACGAAAUUCGUGCUAGCGGGUGUGACUUUAUUCUGCGUGAGUUGGAUAGCUUCGGUCAACGAGUGGAAUUCGGGGGUGAGAUGGAGCGAGCGUCGAAGAAGUACUACACUGUCCACCAUGAGGACUAUCGUGGCUUAUUCUGAAGGGAAACAGGCGGAGAUGGACCGGCCAUCGCCGGUUGCAUGUGACCGACUACCGGCUUUUCCAGACAUACCAUACAUCAACCAUACAUGGUCACAAGGUGUAGAAUCAGAAUCUUCAUGGCAACGAGUAUCCGGCACACGUGUUCGUGUGUACGCCGCUUACUACGACGAGCGUUUGCCUCAACGCUAUGUGAGGAUAUUAGCCACAUUCCACGGACGCAAUUUCUCAACCGAGCCGCUAUUCUGUCAGACCCGUCUCUUGAAUAACAUUGAAAAUUCUGUCGAAGUAGUGGCAGCAAAACCAUUGGAGAUUUGGUGGCAUGAAUGGGAUGCGCACUCAACUGAUAUCGAUAUACCACUGUUACUCUCAUGCCCACUGACGGAGCCAUUGAAGCACCCUUCCGUUGUAUCUAUCGUUACCCAACCAUGUGAUGAUCCUACCAACGCAUUUUAUUUGGCACCUGUAACUCCUAGAAAAUAUGAAAGAAAUUUCACGAUUUGCGUUAAAGAUAUGAAUUUUGCUGACGACAUUUCACAAGAUCUUAUUGAAUGGAUUGAAACAAAUAGAAUACUCGGAGUCGAAAUGAUCGAUUUAUAUAUUGAUAAAAUAAAAGAAGAAAGUGAAAACACUUUAUUACGUUAUAGAAAUCAAGGUUAUGUUAGACUUUAUAAUGUUCCUACUAAAUAUAAGCCAGACAGAUCUCUUUGGCAGAGACGAAGAGAUCAUAUCAUAACUUAUAAUGAUUGUUUAUAUAGAAAUAUCAGAGAAUCCGAAUUCAUCAUUCCAUUAGACCUUGAUGAAAUUGUGUUACCAAAAACAGCAAAAACUUUACCCGAAUUAAUAAAACGUCUUGAGAAAAUAGGAUGGGACCCGUUACAGGAUUCAGCCAUUCUGGUCAGAAACGUAUUUUUCUUCGGUUUUAUGCAGGGUGUUGACAAAUAUAAACUAAAAAGUAUUAAUAAUGAUGUUUACGUGAAACGUGACGACGUUCGAAUAAAAGCUACAGAUAACUUAGAUAUAGGUGAAAUUGAAUUAGUAUCGGAUAACAAUAAUAUAAAACAUGAACAUAAUGAAGUCAUAGAUUUUAAAGCUAUAGACAGUGAUCUAUACGAUAUUUAUAAAUCGAGAUGUAAGCAAGAUUUGUUGACACCAAAGCUAGUGCAACAUAUUGUGAGCUCCAUAACAGUUAGUCCUAUCGGAUACUAUAGUAAGAGUUUGAUGCUAACAAGAAAAGUGUUGACAGCUUUCAAUCAUUAUCCUUUGGCUAACCUUGGAACAUCGGCAUUCGCAGGAUGGUACGCCCCACUUCAAGAAGUGCAACUCAACCAUUAUAAGGAGUCUUGCAAUACGACUGUCAUGCCAGAGUGUGGAACGUACGGUAAACGCGCGCGGUUUGACCGCGCUGCUCAGCGUUUACGCCGUCCACUAACGAAAGCGCUUGCCUACGCACCCUGCCCAGAAAUAAACAAUACCUAAUGAUUGAAGCUUUU